AUGUGGGAGUUUGCUUUCGCCAGUCAACACGUCCUUCUUGAGGACAAGCAAGCCCGCACCUCUGCUGCUCCGGCACUUCACCGGCACACCGGAUCCGCGUGCUCUCUUUGCCGUUUGCACGGGAGCUUCACCGUCCUUCUUCUGUGCCUUGCGGGCCUUCUUACACGGGCCGUCUGUGCUGCUCUUUGCCUCCCGGUCGCCGGGUUUGCCCUUCGCCUAGUCGCCUGGGCUGCCCCCCUUGCAGCUCGGUGGACACGGAAGCCGUUCAUCGUAUACUGCGCGUUUGUGCACUUUGCUACCUCUACUGAGGGGAUGCAGCUGGCUGCUGUUAGGGAUGCUUCCACCUCCAGGGAGCAGCAUCUGUCCGACGGUCAUCCUGUACUUUCGCACUGUGCCGACGGCCCUCCACCGAAUAACAGACCUCUGCCCACGCCACUGCGUUCCCUGCUUAAGACAGGAGGUCCCCUGCCUUCGCCCGGGGUCGGCCCUUUUCCCGGCGAUCCUGGCUCCGUUGCAGGCCAACAGCAGCCUACCGAGCAAGGUGACCUUGUUGUGUUUGAGACGUUGCUCGAGGAGAGCAGCCGCGACAGCAACGGCUACCCUUUUUACCUUGCUGCCACUCUGCUUGAGACACUUGUUGAACACUUCGCCGACAGAGUUUUGGUCUCUGCUGGCGCGUACGCUAGCUCUGCUGCUGCACGACCCCUGGUUCUUUCACUUGAUUCUGUCGUGCCCUGCACGCCCUGUAACAUCCCUCCGGUCCCUCCCACGCCGCUUCAACUUGGGACUCUGCUACGUCGGCUCCAUGUGUCCCCCGAGCCUUUGCUGCUAGGGGGCACACCCUUGGGCUUUACCAGUGAGCAAAUUUCAUUGUUCCUACAGCCUGCUGUCUGUUUUGGCACUCUGAGCGAUUUGCUCGAGGCUCUUCCGCCCCGGCGAGCGCAUUCUUUGCGCGCCUCUAUGCCUGCCCCUGGCAAUGAGAGAGGUUUGCUUUGCUACGUCGAUGGUUCCUAUACGCCCGCCACGCGCUCUGGAGGCGCCCUCCUUGGUUGGGCUUGUGUCUUCAUUGAUGUGGCUCUAUUGUGCGUCAGCAUUGUGUCCGGGCCUGCCCCCCCUUGGUUCCUGGAUCUCAGUGUUGCACCCUCUGCCUUUGUGGCUGAGUGCAUGGUUUUAACAGCAGCAACUUGGGUAGGAUGCACAGCUUUCCAUGGUCAGUCGAUUCAUUUUCUUUCCGACUGUCAGUCCGCCAUUCGGGUCGCUGCUGGCGAGGUUUCUUCUUAUACCAGUGAGGUCGCCCUGGUCCUUCGCAGGACAGCAGCCUGCUUCGAAGUCCUCCAGGGAUCCCCCCUUGUAUUUGACUAUGUGCCAGGCCAUCAGGGCCACUUUGGCAAUGAAGUUGCUGAUAUUACAGCCAAGCUUGCCUCCAGGGGCUGUACUGUGGGCCAGCUGGUCUGGAAGGAAACCGGCGGCUCUCACCCCUGGUGGUCAGCGGGGGCCCCGCAUGUUGAGUGGUGUGGCGUUGCGGCGAGAGCCCUUAUCGGUGAUACAGCCAUGCCUCCCCUCGGUAGUGUUUCCGGUGACGCUAGGGAUGACCUUGGCAUGACGCCGCAACAAAUGCUUGCCCCUUUCUGCCCGCAGAAGCCUGCUAUCACCCCCGAAGGUGGUGCAGGUGAUGGUGCCCUUGCUUUCUGCAUCGCCACCUAUAACGUGCUUUCCCUUAGCGGACGUGCUUUUGAGGAUCGUGAUCCGGCUGGACUUGCCUUUUCAGCAGGACGCCCUGCCCUGUUAGCGGCCAGCCUGGAUAAGGCGGAUAUCCAGGUAGCCGCUAUCCAAGAGGCACGAACAGAGGCCGGAUUCUUGCGAACCUCGGGUUUCCUGCGCUUCUCCUCUGGCAGUGAAGUCGGCUGCUUUGGAGUCGAGCUCUGGUUUAAGGAGGGAUUCCCCCUGCUUCGCAGUGGCGAUGCUGGUCACCAUGCCGCCACUUUCUGCCGAGAAGCAUUCUCUACUGCCCAUAGCGAUAGUCGUCGCCUUAUCCUUCACUUCCAUAGCGGGUCACUGCGACUUUGCUUCGCGUCUGUACAUGCCCCUCACCGAGGCACAGAGGCUGACAAGUUACAUGAAUGGUGGGAGCGUACGAUCACUUUGCUGAAACAUGCUGCUACCCGUGCCCCGCUAGUCCUGGGGGGUGACUUCAAUGCUGCCGUGGGCUCCCAGUGCUGCAGCAGGAUUGGGGACUGCUGGCCUGAGGAACAAGAUGUUGCUGGCGCCUUCCUUGCCGAGCUUGUCACAACUUGUCAAUGCUGGUUGCCCUCCACUUGGGGCCACCUCCACUCGGGCCAAUCAUGGACCUAUGUGCAAAAGCGAAAUAAUGCACUCCAGCGCCCUGAUUUUGUCUGCUUGCCCGAUUGUUGGGAGAGUGCCCGCGUCUCGUCAUGGGUCGACCCUGAGAUUCAUGUUGGGCAGCCUUAUAUUGACCACUUUGCGGCAGUUGCUCGGGUAACCGCCAGGCUCCGACUCACCGGUGGCUGCCUAGGCACUAGGAAGCUAGCUCGCAUCGAUGCCCAUGCGCUAGUCGAUCGCAACAACCGCCCUAAGCUACAGGCUAUUGUGGACAAGGCCCCCCGUGCCCCUUGGAAUGCGUCUGCUGAUGCCCAUGCAGCACAGCUUGUGGGAUAUCUCCAGGGGGCGCUAGCUGAGGCUUUUCCUAAGCCUAAGCAACGAAAGCGAAGAGACUACCUCACUGAUGACACAUGGGCACUCUAUGCGCAGGUCGCUGCCUUGCGCCACCGAUGUGCCCGGCUGCGGGCACAUACACAGUACCAUCUCCUUGCUGCGGCCUUCCGUGCCUGGUCGACCCGUGGCGCCGAGGCUUUUGAAAAUGCCCUUGCCUCGCCUUGGGCCCUCGACGCCUCCGUUCAAGGCCAGAGGCACAGGGAUGCCCUUAGGGGCUUGUCUAAGCAGCUUCAGCAGGCCUGCCGAACUGACAGGGCGCGACAUUUGUCUAACCUUGCUGACGAGGUGCAGGCCAACACCCCGGGAUCCUUCCAGGCUUUAAACCGGCUUCUAAGCCUCAAGCAAAAGAAACCUUUCGCACCUGAAGUGCUGCCGGAAGUCCUCGACGCUGACGGCCGGGUCUGUGAAACCCCCGCCGAGGCCACGCAGCGGUGGCGAACUUACUUCGGCGACAUGGAGUCCGGUAUCAGGUGGUGGCUGCCCGUCAAGGCCAUGGCGCACACGCAGAUCAAUAAGGCCAGUGGCCCAGAUGGCAUUCCUGGGGAAGCUUUUAAAGCCAUGCCUGCCGCCCUUUCCUCCCUGGUCCUGCCCCUUGUGCUGAAGCUAGGCCUUUCGGGCGAAGAGGCUGCCGGGUUGAAAGGAGCCCUCCUUACCUGGCUCUACAAGUUCAAGGGUGCGAGAAACCUUUGCACUUCGUACAGAGCAAUUAUGCUUCUGCCGACUCUAACUAAAGUCAUCCACCGCUCGUUUCGCCCACGCCUGUACGAGCAUGUUGUAACACACGCCCCCCCUCUGCUGCUGGGAGGGCGCAAAGGGGCGUCAGCGGUUUUUGGGAGUCAUCUUACCAGAGCCUUCGCGCAGUGGUGCUCUGAACAAAAGCAGCCUGCCUGCAUCCUGUAUGCAGACGUUGCCUCUGCAUAUUAUAAUUCCGUCCGUGAUCUCACAGCCCAGCGCUUGGAUGUUGAUGGACGCCCUGUUGAUUCUCUUGCCACUGCGAAUCUUCCUGCUGACGACAACGUUGCAGACACUUUGGCCUCAGGAGACCACAUUCCUGUGGUCACCCACCGUGGCUCGAGGCCCGGAUCAUCACUCGCAGACAUCAUGUAUAGCGCCGGAGUCGGUUGCAUCAUUGCCAAGAGAGACUCCCUUCGUACUGCCGAUCCCAACGCCGGCCGGGUUCCUUGUAUCCCGUGGGACGGCAGACGGGAUGUCUCUCCCGCUGGUGCUCCUACCCAAUGGCCAAGCCUGAGCGAUGUCAUUUGGGCGGACGACCUUGCCGCUUGCUUUCUGCUGUCUGACUCUGCCCGUGCCGCACACCAGGUCGGUCUCGAGGCUUCAUUUCUUGACGAGGCCUUUGGUUGCCAUGGGUAUACGCUCACCUACGGCGCCUCCAAAACCGCCGCUAUGGUCCUCCUUGGGGGCCGUGGGUCCAAGGCUGCCAAGCGAGCCCUCUUCAGCCGUGCUGGGGCAGUGUGCCUCGGCCUGGGCCGCUUUCCGGCAAGGCUCCUCUUUGGGGCUGGUGCCUGGCCAUCCCUUCGCCAAGGAGAAUAUACACUGCUCCACAGAACUCUCGUUUCUAUGUACCGGCAGACCCUUUGUAUCCCCCGGACUGAAGAUCAACACAUCACGGGGGCCACAAUGUGCGCGCUCCUCCACCUGCCCGACCCGGCCACAGUGCUUCGCGUGGAGCGCCUACGGUAUCUGCGUCAGCUAGUCCAGGCUGCGCCAGACGCUUUGUGGGCCCUUGUUCGAUCCAGCCCCUCUUUUCUUGCUGUUGUCAGGGAUGCUAUGGCGUGGCUGCACCGGCGGUUGUCAGCCACGAUCCCCCUCGGUGACCCUGCCUGCGAAUGGCACGCUUGGGCAGAUACCAUGUGCCGUGCUCCCGGGCGUUUCCGUGGUUGGAUUAAGCGGGCCGCCGCGCUUGAGAUGCUCCGCCUUACCUCCCAUGCCGCCCUUCAGGCUUGCCACCGCUUCCUCUCCCAUUUCUGUCCCGGGGCAGGCGAUGCCUCUUACUCGGAGAG